AUGGCCGGUGCUAUGCACACUAUUAAAUGUGUUGUUGUGGGUGAUGGUGCUGUUGGGAAAACGUGUUUGCUUAUUUCGUACACAACAAACAAAUUUCCAACGGAUUAUGUACCUACCGUGUUUGAUAACUAUGCGGUCACCGUUAUGGUUGCCGGAGAACCUUACACCCUUGGAUUGUUUGAUACCGCUGGUCAGGAAGAUUACGACCGAUUGAGGCCUUUAAGUUAUCCGCAAACCGAUGUGUUUCUCGUUUGUUUCUCUGUUGUGAGCCCUUCUUCCUAUGAAAAUGUGAAAGAAAAAGCGUUUAACGAUGAAAAAUGGAAGACGAAAACCGUCCCAGUUGAUCGAAUCGUAACACUAAAAUAUGCGCCCGGAACGGAGUGA